CGCGUAUGGCGCUUUUAGAGAAAUUUGACAGCGGAACACGCCGCUCUUGUCAUUUUCGCGCUGAUCGCUGCUUGUGUAUGUGUGUGUAUCGGUCUUCAGAGAGUUGCUUCUAAAAAUGCCGAGUCAAGAGGUUGUGACGACGAAAGUUGUGGUCCACCCGCUGGUGCUGUUGAGCGUGGUGGAUCAUUUUAAUCGAAUGGGAAAAAUCGGAAACCAAAAGAGAGUGGUCGGUGUGCUUCUGGGCUGCUGGAGAGCCAAGGGGAUCCUGGACGUGUCGAACAGUUUUGCAGUACCCUUUGAUGAGGAUGACAAGGAUAAAAGUGUAUGGUUCCUCGACCAUGAUUAUCUGGAAAAUAUGUACGGAAUGUUCAAGAAAGUCAAUGCUCGCGAGAAAGUGGUGGGCUGGUAUCACACUGGACCCAAGUUGCAUCAAAAUGAUGUCGCCAUCAACGAGUUAAUAAGAAGAUAUUGUGCUAAUUCAGUCUUAGUAAUUAUUGAUGCCAAACCAAAGGAUCUUGGACUUCCUACGGAGGCAUAUCAAGCAGUUGAAGAAGUGCACGAUGAUGGUUCCCCUACCUCAAAAACCUUUGAGCACAUCCCAAGUGAAAUCGGAGCUGAAGAAGCAGAAGAGGUAGGAGUGGAGCAUUUAUUGCGAGAUAUUAAGGAUACCACAGUUGGUACACUCAGUCAAAGAAUCACGAAUCAAUUACUUGGCUUGAAAGGUCUUCACGAACAAAUCCGCGAAAUUAGAGAUUAUCUGCUUCAGGUUGGCAGUGGAAAAUUGCCCAUAAAUCAUCAAAUCGUCUAUCAGCUUCAGGAUAUAUUUAAUUUAUUACCAGAUAUGACUCAAAGUAGCUUUGUGGAUUCGUUAUAUGUAAAGACAAAUGAUCAAAUGCUGGUGGUGUAUCUAGCAGCUCUGGUUAGGUCCAUAGUGGCGUUACACAAUUUAAUCAACAACAAGCUGACUAAUCGUGAUGCUGAGAAGAAGGAAACAGAUGGAAAGAAAGAUACGAAAAAGGAAGAGAAGAAGGAGGAGGAGAAGAAAGGGGAGGAAAAGGCGAAAGCUAAAAAUCAGUGAUCGGAGCAUUUCGCUAAGUUGCGAGAUUAAAACUGUUAAAGUUGAGGACAAUUAUCAAUAUUCUGUGUGUAAUAA